AUUUUGCCUUUUCCUUUGUUUGUCUUUCCUCUUUGUUGUCAUCGUUUACUGAUUACAUAAGUGAUUGAAACAAAACAACAUUUUUAGCGUGUGGCUUGAUUGAGCAAUUAAUAAUUUUAUUCAUUAUAUUGGUUCAACGUUUGCAAAAGUUAACCUCAUAAAGUGAGACAAUGGCGAGGAAGAGGCCAGAUUACAUUUCACCAUCAGGACGAUUUAUUCGUAGUUUGUAUCGUAAGUACAAACGAAGGAAACAAUACCACUUCAUUAUUGAUGACCUACCAACGUUGCUUGAUUCUCCCCUUGUGAGGAAUGUAUCAAAAGUAGAACCAAACAAUGUUCAAAAUGUCGAUUAUUUCUCAGACAAAUGUGAUUUACAAGAUCCUGACUGUAUCACACAUAUCAAUACUGUGAAAGAUGGGAUGAAAGAGGUUGUUGAUUCUACCGCCAUACCUCCUGGAAAAGCUAGUGCCAUGGCUGAAGAUAUUAUGGAUUGUUUAAAGGACGUGUUCAAAUCCUGCGGUUAUCAAGCUUACUUGUAUGUUUACGGUUCUUAUUACACUGGACUGUGUACUGAAGAUAGCGACGUGGAUAUAAGUUUUGAAUUUCUUGGACAUGAUUCCGGAACAACCCCGAAAGAUAUUCCGAGAAGUAUUGAGAAAAUCCUGAGAUCGUUGACGUAUUUUUCGAAAGUGAAAUUAAUCUCGAAUGCGAGAGUUCCGUUUAUCAGAUUCAUCUACAAACGUUACCGAAAAGAAUGCAGUAUUACGUUCGAAAAUCGAAUGGCUCUUCAGAAUUCGAAACUGAUUAAGCUUUAUUUAACACUGAAUCCGAAUUUGAAAACGUUGACGUUGUAUCUGAAACAUUUACUCAAUAAAUACGAUAUGCGAGGUAUCGGCCGAAUCACCACUCAUAUUUUGUUCUGGCUGAUUGUUUUUUUCAUGCAGCGAAAAGGGUUGCUACCUCCGGCGGUAUACGUUCGUCUAGCUUGCUCUUCGAAAAACGUCAUCUCAGGCACGAAUUGCGCUGUUCCCGAUUAUUAUUUGUAUUUAUCUUCGAAGUCGAGUUCGUCGUCCGAUUUGUAUUCUCUUUUACUGGACUUUGCUGCGUUUUACCGAGAUUUCAAGUUUUUGAAAUACGUGAUGAGCCCACAUAUUGGCGAAGCUUACCCAAUCGAUCAAGUUGAAAAUUUGAAAGGAAGUGGUAGCUCGAGAAUUUUCGGAAUCAGUUUUAUUAAUCUUCAACAUCCGUCGGACUUAAAUAUGAAUUUGGCUGAGCAAACCCGAAUAACGACGGUGAACAAAUUCAGAGUAUUGUGCUGUCAUCUUUCCAGAAUGUUGCCGUAUUAUAUGAACUACUCCGAAGAGUAUGAUCGUCCGCUUGACGACAUCUUGAUGGACGAGUUGCCUUAUUUCUUGAAUCAACCUAAAGAACUGAUACAAAGUACUUCGUUUCAGCUCGAGUUGAAUAUUCCUAAUCGUUUAACUGGAUAUUCAAUUAGGAGUGUUCGUCAUUUGAUGGAGAAUGUAUUGGAUUUUCGACCUUCGAAAAUUGUCAAGGAAGAGGUCUCCAAGACUGUCGGCGAUUCUGAUGAUACGACCGUUCCUCUGGUUUAUUUUUCAUAUUCCUCGACUGCCGCAACGUGGGAUAACGAGUACAUUUCUCGUAUUAUUCCACGUCCCAGAUUCGACGAAGACGGUGAACCAGAUCGACAAAUCAAUGUCUCCUUCAUAAGCGAAAUUAUUCGUGAAGAAAAUAUCGCUAAAAUUAUGAUCGAGAGUGAAGCCCAUUUUAUUACAUUCCUGGACGAGCAUGGUCGCAGUUUGUUAUCGAAUAUUUUGAAGAAUAUUUAUCGAAAUAAACGAAAAGGAUCAUUUCCUGUUCGAUACAAUCCCAUUUUGGAGAAAUUAUUCUUUGAAAUAGUGAACAAAAUACGUACUGAUGCAAAUUUACACCUGAAGCUGGAACAACCUCUUCCGGCAGAACCCCAUGAAAGCUGGAAAACUGAGAACAACGCUGAUGAUGAUAUUGAUGAAAUUGUUUCUAAUUUUUGCGGACUUAAUUUGAAAAACACUCCCAAUAAACAAGACGAAAGUAUCGUAAAGUCUGUCGAAUUGAUCAGCGUUUCUACAAAAAAAGCCAAGGAUAUUACUGCAAGAGUGAUCAACGAUUUGAAAACAGCUCUGAAGGAGUACAAAUUUGCUGGCCUCAAAUGGACGAUUUAUGGAUCCUAUAAUAAUGGACUUUGCACUGUCCACAGUGACACCAUCGAUCUAUCUUGUGAAUAUGGCGAAAAUACACCUUCAGCAGCGAAGAGCCUCGUUUUAAAAUUCAGCGAAAUUUUUCAAACCCAUUCUUUAUUCCGGCGAGAAGAAUUUUACGAAGAUGCCCGCGUCCCUAUCAUCAAAUUAUAUCACGUAUCUACCGACAAAAAAGUCAAUAUAACGUUUUUCAAUGACUUGGCAGUUCGAAACGUAUUGCUAACGAAGCUAUACUUGAGUUUGAAUCAGGAUUUGAAAACAUUAAUCUUGUACUUGAAAGAUUUGCUGAUGAAGUACGAAUUGCACGGUAAGAAUAGAAUCACUACUCAUGUGUUAUUCUGGUUGGUGGUGUACUUUUUACAAGAUAAAGGCUUACUGCCUCCUGUGAAGGAUAUACGAAAAGCUGCCGCUGAAAAAUGUUACAUUUCUGGUUGGAAUUGCUCGAUACCCGAUGACUUCUCAUAUCAGGUUAAAAGCCAACCUCCUGUCUCUUCUCUUUUGAUGGAUUUCUUCGUGUUUUACAAAGAUUUCAAUUUUUUAAAAUACGUGAUAUCGCCCUAUCAUGGUUGUUUGUUUCCAUUCGAAGAGUUUGAUAGAAACAUACCUAUUCCAAAAGAAGCACGAGACGAGGAAGUCUUACAAAAUGAGACUGAUGAAAACAAACACGCAUUUUUCAGAAGUGGUUUAAAUAUCCAAGAUCCUGUCGUGUUGAAUUUCAAUUUAACGGCGCCAAUUCGUACAGAUGUAAUUAACUUAUUCCAAGUAUUUUGCCAUCGUUUUGUUAACGAUCGUUACCUACCAACGAAAUUACCAUCGAAGAUGAAUGGUUACGGAAAUAUACCACCGAUAGAUCUCGUACGAUAUGCCUCGUUCGACGUUUUUCUCCGAGAUAUACCUACUCCUUGGUGGAAAGAAAUUGGCCAAUGUGUUCGAAUGUGUGUUCGUAGAAUGAUGGAGACGAUUUUUGGUUUCGAACUGAAUAACGUCAUCGUCGAGCAGAAUAUUACUCGGAUUAUUCGCGACAAAGAGACGUAUUCUGAGAAGACCAACACUGUACUGUAUUUUGACUAUUGCUCGACGGAAAACACUUGGAAAAAUGAUCACGUUUUGGGUAUUUUUUUCGGAGGAGUGAAACCUAUUGUUAAAUCAUUAUCGUGUAAGCAAUUGAGCCAAAUUUACUUGAUUUGUGAAAUCGAUCGAGAGAAGAAAAUGGUUUACGUGUUUGUUCGUUCUAAUGAUCGUUUGACCAAGUUUUUGCAUGUACAUUUCGGUAGGUUAAUGUUGUUUAUUUUACUCAAAUAAUUUUAUAAGGAAACAUGAAUAGAUUCGUGUUGAAGUUUUUUUUGAAACAAAUGGGUACAAUCAGUGCCUUGUUAAAUUUACAAAUAUCAUAAAAUUUAAUAAUAUCAUGUUCUCUCUUGA